AUGCUAUUUGGCCGUAUAUCCCGUCAUGCAGUCCCCAAUCUCGCCUUCAUGCCUUAUCUUGUGAGAAUUAGUCUCUUCGCUGCUUUAGUUUUGCCUCUUCUGGCCAGUGGUGAGACCCUGGGCGAGUUCGCCGCGUCCUCGCCCAGCCUCACCGGAUCCGAGUGGGCCUACCUCAUUAUUGCCGAUACCGUCCUCCUGCUCUUUGCGGCGCUCUUCGCGGGGUUGACCUUAGCCCUCCUCGGGCUCGACACUCUUUCCCUUGAGAUCAUCGCCGACAGCGGCUCCGAACCGGAUAAGACCUACGCGCGGAAGAUCUUGCCGAUUCGAAAACUUGGCAAUCAGCUGCUGUUUACGCUGAUCUUGGGCAAUGUGAUGGUGAACACACUCAUCACACAAAUCACGGAUUCUCACAUCAGUGGCUGGGUCGCCACCGUCAUCGCGACAGCCCUUACCACGUUGGGGGGUGAAGUCAUCCCACAGGCGCUCAUGUCUGCUCAUGCUCUCAAGGUUGGUUCUAAAUCUGUCCCCAUAGUGAAGUUGUUCGUUUUUCUUUUUUACCCAGUCUGCAAGCCGUUGAGCAUGAUGAUGGAUAAGCUUAUCGGCACCGACCCUGGCCAAAUCUAUGAACGAAAUGAGCUGAAAAAGCUCAUGUUUAUGCACGCGGCGCGGAGUACCGAGUCCGGUAUUGGCGCUGGUGAGGCAGACCUGAUGGUAGGGGCCAUGGAGCUCUACGAGAAGACUGUGAUGGAGGUCAUGACCCCGAUCAGCGAGGUGCUGAUGCUUGAGGCGCACGAAAGGCUUAAUGAGGAGCUUAUCCAAUUGAUUUCCGACCGUGGCCACAGCCGAAUUCCAGUCUACCAAACGAACAAGAACAAUAUCAUCGGGGUCCUCUUUGCGAAGGAUUUGUUGAUGGCUAACCCGCAGGAGAACACCCGAAUUUUGCUCCUUGUUAAAUUUUACAAUCGCCGCUGCCACAUCGUGCCGUCGGAUACGAAGCUCAUUUCCAUGCUCAAAUACUUUCAGACCGGCAAGACGCACAUUGCGCUGGUACAGGAGGUCCAGCAGCCCCCUCACGGCGACCCCUAUUACGAAGUGAAGGGCCUCGUAACGCUGGAGGAUAUCAUCGAGGAACUGAUUCAUAGUGAAAUUUUCGACGAGUACGAUUACGAUCCCCGUCAACAGACAUUCAGCCAAACGAUUCCUAACUGUACAGUGAGUAAUUUGCCGAAGCGUGUGCACAUCGGCAUCACCUCGAGGUGCAGCCGCCGGGUGCAGCUCAAUCCGAAUGAGCUGAGGGCGUCGGCACUUUUUCUGUGUGAAUCCCUGCCCGAGCUCAAGAUGGCAGACGUCGAUGCGUUAACGAAUGUGCUUAACAAUUAUUCAACAGUCUACCGCGUGCGAGCGCCAAAGGAUGCUCGCGGCCUGGAGAGCGAUGACAAGCAAAACGUGUGGCUCUAUCGAGAAGGCGUGCCGUCGUCGGUGUUCACGUUGAUCAUCUCUGGGCGCGUUGAGAUCUUCGCUGCGAAAGGAAUCGUCUUGGAAAUGGGAAGCUGGUCUCUGCUUGCCACAGAUGCCCUCACAAAUGAUCAGUUUAUUCCUUCCUUCGGCUGCCGCGUUGUACAAAACAGUACCCUGAUGCAAAUCACGCAUGACGACUUUAAAGAUAUCCUGACAUUUUGCAGUAAAGUCUUGAUUGAGGGUUGUUCCCCUGAGACUCCGCGAUCAGAAUUCUCAGCGGUGUAG